GCAUUGGCCUCUAGAAAAAUGGAACGUUCAUUUAUUCAGGGGACAAGUUUUUGCACGUUUUUAUCUCAAACGUCUUUUGUCGUGAAAAAGUGAUUAUUAAUUAAUUGAAUGCAUUCUCUUUAUUGUCGUAAUAAUUGGAUUGUCUCCACUGUAAGAGAUCGAGUUUCAUCUAUUUAUCUGUGAACAACAUUUCAUUGAACAGAGAAAAUUGUCAAGUAAUAAGAGGUUCUUGUGGGUGCAUUAUUUGGAUUCGAGGUGUAUCAAUAAGAGGGAGAAAAGCCGGCACAUGAAAAGUUCUAGAAGUUUCUUCGCAGCCUCAUUUCCGGUGUGUAUUAAAAGGUAGAAUGAGGCCGCUACCGGGUGGUCACAAUCAACUUCCAUGUUUCCAUGUUGCAGGAUGCACUUUUAUAUGAAGGUAACUUAAAAAUAUUUGGAGGAUAUUUAAGGGUCUAUAAGAGGUCCUAAUAGACAAUAAAAAAAGCGAUGAGAGAGGAAAAUAUUUUCAUUCGUCAGCUGAAUAGUAGCAGUCUUCCUGAUCUUCGAGUUUUAUUUUCGUAGUUGAAAUAUUGUCUCAGUGGCAGCACAACGCAGCGCAAGAUUAGAUAUAUACUUUUACCAACCGGUUUCUCAGCAUAUUGUUAGCUUUUCGUCAUGGCUUGGAAAGGGAGCAGCACACUCCAAUUCGUCUCAUGCGGUAAAAUACAAAUUCAACUUUGAGAUAAUUUUGUGAGUUGAGAGAGAAAAGAGAAUUAGAAAAUAGAAAUAAAAAGAAUUUGUUGGUAUUAAAAUUAACUUUUGAAAUAUUGUGUCACAGAGAUAAAUAAGGAUGAUGAUAGUGUUGUUUUGAAUUCGAGCUGUCAUUCUGCUUGUGUACUUGUUGACGUCUGCGCUGAUCGUUCUCACUCGGCUCGUUACUCGGUGCAUGGUGCGCGGCAGAGAGUGAACGCGAGUCUCCUUCUCUUCCUGGAGAGAGCACUGUCCGUCUCCUCUACCAUUUGUCGCAUUUGUAUAAAUUCCGGGAGGAGCAGGCCAGGUUGUGCCGCCAUCUUAGAGAGAGAGGUAUUUGUCUCGUCUGCUGUACUAGACGGAUCGAUUUCAACGCUCAACGAUAAUAAAGUGACAGCGGAUAGGUGUUAUCGGGCGUUGAAGGUAAAAAAAGUGACUCGUGAAUUCGGUUUAUAGUGCAAUAGUGUCGAAUGAUUCGUCCGCUCGUGUUUUAAAUACAACGAACGGCUACAUAUGUACCUGACACCGUUCAGGAACAAUUAGCGAAUCCCCCGAGUAAAACUGUGAAAAGAAAAGCAAAAAAUAGUGAGUCACUCCCAGUGCAGUGUUACUACUUCGAAGUGAGAGAAAAUUUUAUUACCAAAAAAAAAAGGAAAACGGUGGUUAGCGAUUGUUAAAGGGUUGUAAGUUGUCUGCUAAAAUAUGGCGCGGGUUGUAGACAAUGUAUUGUAUUGACCUAUUUAUACCUUAGACACGGAAGGUUAUCUUGUGUGUUUCUCAAGGACAAGUAAGAUUAAAAAAAGGAGUUUUUUGUCUACAAAAGAAUUCAAGGUUGCACGGUGUAAAUCCAGUUGGUGAACGAUUUACUACAGCUCCUUGGUAGUGCAAAAAAUAAAAAAACGAAACACUGAAGAAACUCGACGUGCGUGGAGCCCUGGCAGGCUGGAGCGCGGCUGGUAAAAUGGGCAAUAAUGCCGCGACUGCGAAUAAGAAGGUGGACGCGGCAGAGAGCGUCAAGGAGUUCCUCGAUCAGGCAAAAGAGGAAUUUGAGGAGAAAUGGAAGAAAAAUCCCACCAACACCGCUGCUCUUGAUGAUUUCGAGAGAAUUAAGACCUUGGGAACGGGCUCUUUUGGUAGGGUCAUGAUAGUGCAACACAAACCCACCAAGGAAUAUUAUGCAAUGAAAAUACUCGACAAACAGAAGGUGGUUAAACUUAAACAGGUGGAGCAUACCCUUAAUGAGAAGAGAAUUCUCCAAGCUAUUAGCUUUCCAUUUCUCGUUUCGUUACGAUUUCACUUUAAGGACAACUCGAAUUUGUACAUGGUGCUCGAAUACGUACCAGGGGGUGAAAUGUUCAGUCAUCUAAGAAAGGUCGGUCGUUUUUCAGAACCCCAUUCACGAUUCUAUGCAGCGCAGAUUGUAUUAGCAUUUGAAUAUCUCCACUAUCUGGACCUUAUCUACAGAGAUCUUAAGCCCGAGAAUCUUCUUAUAGACUCCCAAGGUUACCUCAAGGUCACGGACUUUGGUUUCGCCAAGAGAGUGAAAGGCAGGACGUGGACCCUGUGCGGUACGCCCGAGUAUCUUGCACCUGAAAUUAUUCUCAGCAAGGGUUAUAACAAGGCUGUCGACUGGUGGGCGUUGGGUGUUCUAGUGUAUGAAAUGGCCGCUGGCUAUCCACCUUUCUUUGCCGAUCAACCGAUUCAGAUCUAUGAGAAAAUCGUCAGUGGCAAGGUCCGUUUCCCCUCACAUUUCGGUACGGAUCUCAAGGAUCUAUUGCGCAAUCUAUUGCAGGUAGAUCUCACCAAGAGGUACGGUAAUUUAAAGGCCGGCGUUAAUGAUAUCAAAGGUCACAGAUGGUUCACCAGUACCGAUUGGAUUGCUGUCUUCCAGAAGAGGAUCGAGGCUCCAUUUAUACCGCGUUGCAAGGGACCCGGUGACACUAGCAAUUUCGACGAUUACGAAGAGGAGGCUCUGAGAAUUUCCUCAACAGAAAAAUGCGCCAAGGAGUUUGCUGAGUUCUGAACAAUCGACCCGAUUGUCGAUUAUGGAUUCUGGCACGCGGAGAAACCGCUAUCGCGACGCAUUACGGACUAUCGGAUGUCCGCGGGGAGACGAGCGUCGACGUCCAGAUCUCGUUUCCUAGCGACGAGUAUACAAUUCAAGGCUUAUUUUUACCAGGAAGAAUCUACUCUCCCAAAUGGUGUUUAUCAUCAUUAUCAUUAUCAUCAACAUAAUCAUCAUCAUCAUCAUCAUCAUCAUUAUUAUUCAAUGCCAGGAUCAUAGAUUCAAAAGGAGUUCCUUCUGCCAAAAAAAUUUCCUGAAAUUUACCAAAUUUUUUAUCCAAAAUUGGAGUGAAUUCCCAAAAUUGAAUCAACGAGGAGGGAAGCGGCUAUUGAUGACAACCGAUACUUCCAUAGGUGGUUCAUUUGUGCAAAGAAGAUCAUCACCCCCCCCCCCCUUCUCCCUUUUUUGCUUUGUUUCGCCGAUGUAUAAAGUUCGUUAAACGCUAGCUAGUCGCCGUAACUAUUCAACAUUUAAAACGAAGCACGCGGGGAGACAUCGGAAACCUCGGAAUUCGUUUGCCAUUACGAGUCUAGGGAGCGUCGUCGUUUUCAGAAGAGAGUGGUACCUUUACGACGAGGCGCGUAGUUCGGUAUAAGUUUAUAUGGAUGGUGCUGUUGUCGUGAAUUUAUUUGUCAUAGUGCAAUUUAGUAAUCGAGAAUCUAAAUGUCCAUCGCAGUCCUGAACGUCGACGAGAGAGUCAAUCCCUUCAGGCCUUGAACCUGUAGGGGAAGUGUUCUUUUUAAGAUUGCAAGAAUAACAUAAUAAUAUUAUAAUAAUAUAUUAAAGAAAAAAAAACUGGCUAUUUAAUAAUAUAAUAUUAAUAAUUAAAAAAAAAGAAAAAAAUCGCACCAGGAAAAAAACAUUAAAAAGUGUGCGUGGCGAUCGCUCUGAUUUGUUCUGCGAGUGAUGCCAAGUGCAGUGCAGGGAAGAAGCAUAUCAGUGAAAUCGUGAAUGUGGCAUUCGAUGUUGUUCGAAAUGCAACGGAUUGUCAGGUGCAGUAAGGUUUGUCGUUUGUUGCUGCGCAUUUCAGAUGUAUCUUCGGUUUUUCGUAUGCGAGACGACCGAUGCGAAUGAGCAUGCGUUCUUGUAGUAAAAAAAAAAAUAAUGUGCGAGUCUGAAAAAAAACUCCCGUAUGCUGUGUGAUAGUUUAGAGAAUAAUUGUCCCUAGGAUAUUUUUCUCCCUACCUCAAGAUUAUAUUUAAAGAAAAAAGAAAUGUUCGUUUAAUCACGAUCCAAAUUAGGCAUUAUUUCCGAAAGAGAUGUUCGAAGAAGUUUUUUUUUAGAUGCAGAAUCAAUCGUAUUGUUAAAAUCAAUACAAUGAAUAGUCAUUCAGCAAUAGUUUUCGAUUCUUAAAAGUCAUUUUAAAUAUCUUAAAUUUCUAUUGAAAAUGUUUAAUGGUCCUCUUAAUUAUUU